AACAAUCUUACGUCAUUAGCAGAUGCAAUAUCUUCAAAACUUUCUUAUUACAAUGAGCUGGAAGCUAUUACUAAAUUAUUCAAUUCCCCCGGUGAAAAUAUUUGUGAGCAGCCAGAAUUUAUUCCAGUUUUGGCAAAGCUAGACGAAUGUUUAGACUAUAUGCAGAAUUCCGAGCUCUAUCUUAUGCGGUUCAGACAAUGUAUGACUCGCGGAAUAACUUUGAUAAAAAUGUAUUUUAUUAACACAAUUAAAGGUCUUGGUAUUGAAAUCAGCAAAAAGACAAAUCAGUCAACAAAUUCUACAGUGCAAACUGCCCUGUUUUAUGUGAAAUUCCGUGCAGUAGCACCAAAGCUGAAAGAAUUAGUGCAUGAGGUGGAAAAACGAUGUCCUGCACAUCGAGAUUAUAUGUACGAUUAUCUUCGUCCCCGUAUUAUUCAUGAAACGAAUAUUGAAGUUUUAUCAGAACUUUGUACAAUUCUACAAGUGCAUCUUAAUCAAGAUCCUGAAACAAUUGAAG